AUGUCCUCCCUUAAUUCGGCCGUUGCUCAUGUUGGUGGCAGACUGUCUGGAUUCCUUCGAAAUACCGUUCACAAUGUUGUCGAGAUUCAUAAUUAUGCGGCGCAUGCCGUAUCGGAGAAGUUGAUGUUCAGCAACAAGCGUCGGAAGGUGACGUCUGGCCCCGAGUCUCAUUGCUUAUGGCUGCCUACCGACCAGGCCUUCAAGGAUCUGGUCUCGGAAAUCGACAUUUUCAUGGAAACCCUAAACCUCGCGCGACUCACCGCCAUCAGCCACUCGUCCCGGGCUGAGAUAAAUUCGCAGCUCAAUUCCAUUAGCCAUGUCCUCUACAACACUUCGCACGAAGCCAGACUCCUGCAAAGCGGAGAGCAGGACCUUUGCGACGCCUUUGAUGCACGGGUGUCGACCUGCCUGAGCGUUUGCUCUCAUCUCUACGACCUCGAAACCUUGAUCAUGUUCCGAAAGACCUUUCUUCACGUUCCGGACACGAUGCGGUACGACUUUCCCUCCGGGGCCGUGGAGAAAAUUCAGCAAGUCAGAGGAUUUCUGUCUCACCCAGCCUUCCUCCCGGUAUGCGACGGCAUUCUGCAACUCGACAGCAGCAAUGAGUGUCAUCAGGUUCCCAAUGAUGCUUGCGAUCGAAUCGUUUGGGACCUGCAUGCCGUCUUGCACGGACGCCCGGCACCCAGUUUCUUCGUGGCUGAGACUCGGGAGCCUUUCCCGUCCCAUUCGCACGGAAACGUGGAUAAGGCCUCGCCGAUGCCAGGAGCGUUUCCCGAAGAUGACAAGGAGAACAAGGAGAACCUGACCCCGGCACCCUCCCGCUCUCAGGACUCUGUCAUGUCUGGGUCGGACAGACAGCACCCUCGACGACGCGAUGUCUCCGAGCGCGUCCCCACCGACAAGGUCAAUGACGAAUUUCGCCAUGCGUUGCACACGGCAAGCGAAGGCGAUCGGCUCACCAGCAAACACUACGUUAGCGGCAUGGAGCCCGGGACAUCGUCCGAGGAGCCCAAUACCUCGAGAUCCAUCCUGAAGCGCCGCAGAAGGGCUUAUGCGAAGUGGACGCCGGCGUGCCUCCGCCUGGCCACUACACAAAAGGCUGUGCGAUUUAUGGAGGACAAGCCGAACUCACGAGCGCGGUCACAAUCAGGGCUACAUUAUCGAAGGCAGUUUGAUCACUCCAGACGAAGCAACUUGGAGGUACUUUUCCCGCAGUAUCGGGGUCGCGGCCGCGGUCUGCCGACGUUCAAGAGGACCGAUAAAUCGGUUCCCUCCCCCGGGCUGGGUGGCCGAAAGGCCGGCAGCAUUGAGGAAGGAAAGGGCUUGAAGGCAUCGAGUUUGUUUCCCGAUCCGCUCAAGGACAAGAGUGCUUCUGUCUUGCCUCGCCGAACGCAUAACAAGACGCCCCUGGCUGGUGCGUAUACGAGGGAGAACACGGACGUUCGGAUCGAGGAACUCUUGGGCAUGCCGUCGGCGCCGGGCCUAACAGUCGAUGAGAACGUGGACCAAGUUGUCGGACGACUGAAGGAUGAGGCUGCCCGCAAGGCCGCCGAGGAGCUGAAACGGGUCGAGGAGGAGCUCCGAAAGGCAGCGGAAGCAGAACGACUGGCGGCCGAAAAGGGGAGGAAAGCGCAGGAGAAGGCGCGACGUGCCGAGGAGGAACGACGACGACGCGAAUGGCUCGAGAACCUACCCACGGCGCGCGAACUACAGGCACCCCGGGAGGGGCUCGUCUCCCCUCUCAGCGAUUCGUGGCUUGCCAAAGCUCAGAGCACGCUCGAGGGCUCCGCCUCUCUCAGUUGGUGCACGACGCCCGAGGGCACCGACCUGCGACGGCACGACUUCGCCUCCGUCCUGCCGGAGACGCAGUGGCUCAACGACGAGAUCAUCAACGGCUCCAUCAUGUGGCUCGACAGGUGCAUCAACGGUGCCGCCGGAAUCAAGGACGUCAAGAAGCAGACGAGAAAGUGCCUGACGCUCAAUUCAUUCUUUUCCAAGGCGCUGCUGGAAAAGGGAACCAAGGAUGCGGAUCGAAAGCUGCGACGCAGCGGCGUCACCAAGGAAAACAUGUUGGAGGUGGAAACGAUGCUGAUGCCGGUUUGCCUACAACAUCACUGGACGCUGCUCGUCAUCCGACCGGCGCUGAGGACGGUCUCGCACCUCGAUUCCCUCAACCCCCAAGGAAACAAGCGACUGACGGACGUGGCCAUGUCGCUUGUCCGAUUCAUCCUGCAGGACAAGUUUGAAGAGUCACUGUGGAGGGUGGUACGGCACGAGGCACCUCGGCAGACGAACGGGUACGACUGCGGCGUAUUCACCAUCACCAAUGCCAUCUGCCUGUCGAUGGGCUUGGAUCCGGCCAAGUCGUACGCCGCGACGGAGAUGUCCCUGCAGCGAAAGCGGAUCGCCUGCGUCUUGCUGAAUGGCGGGUACCAUGGAGAUUUCAGCCUCGAGCGUCUGCGCAGCAAGGAGCAAGGGUGA